AUGAAGUUAUUGGCUAUGUUCAUUUUACAUAAAGAAGGAGAUAGAAAAACAAAAAUUCUACAAGAUGAAUUUAAUUUAGAUAGUUUUGGAUAUUUUCAACGAAAUGGUGUUAAACAAUUACUUAUAUUUUCUGCCAGAACGGUAACGGAAAGAACAGCAGCUGGCACAAGACAGUCAGUUGAAGCAGAAAAUGUUGACGCUAUGGUUCAUGUUUACGUUCGAUCCGACGGUUUAUCAUCGGUGAUUAUAUCAGAUUCUGAAUAUCCCAUGCGCGUCGCACAUACUCUCUUAACGAAGGCACCAUCACAAGCUGAUCCAUUGAUGCGCUUACAAAAUGAUCUUGACGAUACAAAAAAUAUUCUUAAAAAUACUCUUGUCAAUGUGUUGGAACGUGGAGAAAAAAUCGAUGAUUUAGUGGCACGAUCAAAUGAUUUGAGUUUCGAAGCAAAAGCGUUCUAUAAAACAAUACUUCGUCGACCAUCAACCAAUAAAAUGUUUCCUUAUCAAUGCGAAGUUAUUCAACAAUAUCGAGGAUACACAAUGAAAGACCCGAUCAGUAACAGACAUAAUUCUGACGAUUUAAAAUCAUUUAAGUUAAUGAGCAGAGAUGGUUAUAAGUUGAUGAAUAAUUAUCAUUAG